GGAUAUAAAGAAUUUGGCGUAAUAUUUCGGGUCCUCAGCCGAUAAGGUGUCAAACGAGGACGCUAGACGCUUCCGCUCGUCCGCCAUUGUUGUUCACUUUAUAUGCGUAUAGAAGACACGCGUAUGCCCAAUGAAUGCACGUGCAUGAUAAUUCGAUGAUGCAAGUUUUUUAAAAAUUACCAGCACGCAGUGCUGCAUAUAAGCGCGCACGUUUAUCUAUCACGGUCGCAUAACUCGAACUAUAAACCUGAUUUACAUUUAACAUGCGCGUCGAGACAAUGAACAGAUACGUGGUUCGUCGAUACCUGGAACAGUAAUCGAAUCGUUUAAUUACCUAGAUUUUCUACUCCCAAUGUUUCAUUCCGACAUUGAUUUUCUCACACGAAGGGGGAAAAGAAACCAGUUCUUGCUCUAUUAUUUAGCGUUUAAACGACGGAUAAAUAAUUACGCCAUAAUACGAUGUGCCGAUAGUGCACACGUAAUCAGCGAAUUGUAAAUGUUACACAGAAAGAGUAUGAAUAUCGGCUGAUAAGCGUUAUCACUUCUACACGAGUGCCUUUGGUCAUCUGCGAAACCCCAUUUUAUAUCCGUAUCCCUGACACGAAAUAUUACAUCUGCAAUUAAACUUUGCGUAAACGUUAAAGUACGUAUAUUUGCCCGGAUAAACAGUCACGGUGGUGAAAAGUCACGAGAGCACAAUAAGUAAUGUCUCCAUCGAUCGAGCCAUUGCCAGUUCAGAAGUUGGACGCACUUCUGACACAAAGUGUUGGUAAGAACUUUCAAAUAAAGCACCUAGAAUGGAGCCCUCUGACCGCCCCAGGCGAAAACUUUGGGAGCGUAAUGCUGGCCAUCACCGUCACCCUAACACGACCCACCGAUAAAACAGAGACUCUGAACCUGGUCGCAAAACUUCCACCCACUUCCGCCUACCUAUUGGACUUGUUCAACAGCCCAGUGUCGUUCCAAAAGGAGCUAUACUUCUACAAUUCGAUGGCGAAGGAGUUCUUGGACCUUCAGACGGAGAACGGCAUGAAGGGAAAGGACCCGUGCAAUCUGGUGCCCAAGUUCUUCGGUGGGAGACUUGGCUUGAAAGCACACGACGAGUUCGACGCACAGGCUGCCAUUAUUUUGGAGAACUUGAAGUGUAGUGGCUAUGACACAGAAGAUCGGAUCUUUGGAUUAGAUAGGAAACACACGAAGUUUGCCAUUGAAGGGCUCGCCAAGAUGCAUGCUUUCACCAUCGCUCUGAAGUUGAAGAAGCCUCAGGUAUACGAGGAAAUAGCGACAAACGUGUUCUUAGACAUUUGGAAUGAAACGACAGCAAAAUGCGUGAACGAUAUGAUCCGGAAAGCUCAGUCAGAUAUACAAGACAUAGAGGAACUUAAGCCGUUUGUGGACCGGGUCAAUAAGACCAUAGAAUAUGGUAUCAUGUAUGAGAAAACACGCAAGAGUGCGGAGGAACCAUGGGCGACGUUAAUUCACAACGACUUCUGGGUUAACAAUAUGAUGUUCCAGCAUAACGAGCAAGGAGAGCUGCUCGACAUGAAGAUCGUUGAUUUCCAGUUGUGUCUAUACGAUUAUGGCAUGAAAGAUCUCAUCUUUUUCCUCGUGUCCAGUGCGAAUAAAGAAAUUCUUGAUAAUAAUAUGGACGAAAUGAUCGACUGGUAUUAUUCCUGUUUCAUUAAUGCCUUGAAGAUGCUGAGAGUAGACACAGAGAAAUUCACCAAGCAGAAGUUCGACGAAAUUGUGGGUCACUGUGGACAAGUCAAGUUCAAUCAAUGUAUCAUGAUGGUCCAAGUGAUUCAGGCGCCUCGAAAAACCGCCUCAGAUAUAACAGUCAUAAAGGAAAAUAACGUUUUCACGAGUACAGCUGGCAACGAUAUAUAUAGACAAAAAUUAAUGACCAUUGUGAAUUUGUUUGAUAAACGGGGAUGGUUGCGCAAAUAGCACCAUUGUUAUUGUUUUGGUUUAUUCAGUUAGAUAAAUUGUGCUGCAUCGAAUAGUAUUUUUAUACGAAAUACAAAGUACAAAAUUUGUAGUAGACAAUGAAUGUUGAUAAACAUAAAUAGUUAAACUUUGUACAUGUUAUGUUUAUAUAAAUGUGUGUACAGAUUAAAAUGUAAUUUUAGAGAUACCAGAGAUAGAUUUGUAGUGUAUGAGAAUUUAAUCUCAUAGAAACACCAAAUAUGUUCAUAGCAAUCGUGUUAUUUUUAAGCCUUAAAAAUUAAGUAGUUGAUUAAAAAAUAAAUUUACAUUUAAUGCAUGUGUUAUCCUGUAAAACCGAUACUGUGCUUUCAAUCGUCUGCACCAUGUUAUUCUGCACGUUAAUUGUUUUUUGAAAUAAAAAGUCUAUUUUAUUACAUAAACGUAAUUCAAAUGAAAUUCAUUUUCUAACGAGUCAACGUGAACAAUAAAAAAGGUUACGUAAACGCUUCGGUAAUUGCUUUAGAGUUCAUUACCGCGAGAUUUUCAUAAUCUACUAAUUUAUAUUGUAAUUACGUUUCCCAGAAGUUUAAUAAAGAAGCGAAAC